AGAACGCCGAGUUAAACUCCAAACACAACUCAGGAAUGAACGAGAUAUCAGAAAUGAGUAUGUCUUCCACUGUCGCCAACGAAGGUCAGACGGUUGCCAAACCCAUGUCGUCGAAAGUCAUCUACGAAGCCACUCGAGAGACUAGAACAGUCACUGACGAGAGUGGCAACGUGUCAAAAACUCACUCCGAGACCAAAAAUGGUGAUGGAGCUAAGGUGAUUGGAGUUAUCUCUAAGAAUGGUACGUUCAGACGAGUGAAGGGCGGCGAGGUCGAAUACAUGACUCAAGACGAUAUUAAAAAUCGUGAUGUAAAAUGCUUGACCAGUGAAAACGUAAUGAAACUCUACCAGUCUUAUCAGAAGUCACGAACUGGCAGUAUAGCCGGAAGUAAAACCGCCACCAAUCAGAAAGCUCUGGAGGGCACAGAUAAUGUUUCUCUCUAGAGAAUCAACCAAUGAAAACAGCCGUUACAACUUGUCUCUUACGGUGAAAUUGAAAUAAAUUGUAUAAUAAUCUUGUGAUGUAGAUCUAGUUCGACAGAUUUUUAGAAUUAUUUAUGAAAAUUGUGAUAUGUUGUUAAACCAUUCUCUUGAUGCUUGCUGGACUAAUAACAAAAUUAGUUUAAACCAUUUGUAUUUAUUGAAACUAACUCAGUCUUAAACUCACACUAUUUAUUAAUAAAGAUGAAUCACUGGGUCCUACAUUCC